CCGCGUCGCCGCCGCCGCCGCCGCUGCGCCUGCUGCCGCCGUCCCCGCUGCAGUGCGAAGGGCUGAAGAUGGCCGGGUGGCAGAGCUACGUGGACAACCUGAUGUGCGAUGGCUGCUGCCAGGAGGCCGCCAUUGUCGGCUACUGCGACGCCAAAUACGUCUGGGCGGCCACGGCCGGGGGCGUCUUCCAGAGCAUCACGCCAGUAGAAAUAGAUAUGAUUGUAGGAAAAGACCGGGAAGGCUUCUUUACCAACGGUUUGACUCUUGGUGCAAAGAAGUGUUCAGUGAUCAGAGAUAGUCUAUAUGUCGAUGGCGACUGCACAAUGGACAUCCGGACAAAGAGUCAAGGUGGCGAGCCAACAUACAACGUCGCUGUCGGCAGAGCUGGUAGAGUGUGGCCGGCACAGGACAUCUAACCAACACUGACCAUGUGGUCACUAACAGGAGUUACAGGAUGGCCAGCCUAUGAAAGUGACUGGUGAUGAUGCCAUCUGGGGAGACGUCUUUAAAUAAAAUGUAAAGCAGACAAAGCAGCCAGCUGAGGCAGCCUGUGGGGAACUAAGGCAGAAGGCAAAGCAAGGUCAGCAGUCAGAAGAGUCAAUUCUAGUGGCCAGAACAUGUGGGGACCUACACAACAACCUCAGAUGUCCUUUUCUAUAGAAGAUAAGACAUCCUGAAAAUGCACCCUGGCCUGUGGGAUUUCAAAGAUCCUGUGGCUCCCAAGGUACAGGCCUUGGUUUUGGUCUACAAUAAUUUGCAUUUGAAAAGCUAUUUGCAGGGCUUUCUUCUCAGACCUAAGAGAGAUGCUUAAGGCAGGGAUUAUCAGAGGCAGAUUAGAUAGUUUGCACAAAGCCACAUCUAAUCAGUAGUAGAACAAGGUCCUGUGGUUCUGAAUCCUUGCCCAUUCCACUCCACCACCCUCCAAGAAGGGCUUGCCUUGUGAAAGUCAGCUGCUAACUCUGUGCUGUGGGGUCCACAGGGAUUGCUCACAUGCCUCUCUCCCUGCCCCCAUGGACGCAUCUGUGACACAGUGUGGUGAUGUUGGAGGGGAUCUAGGGACUGGUCACAGGAAAGAAGACGACUUGUGGCUGUAGUGGAGUUUUGGAGCUGGCUAGGUUGGGAGCAGAAUUUGCUCUCUUUAGUGUCUUUCCCCUCGCCCUUUCCCCCUCUCCCUCUCUCUUCCCCUCCUCUCUUUUUAAAAUUAGAGAACAUUUCAAACAUACACAAAAAUAUAAUCUACUAUAAAACCAUCUCAUGUGCCAUCACCAGGCUUAAUUUCAAUAUCCCCUUGUUCUCAAUAAAUCUGCCUUCCUCCACUUUGUUUCCCUGAAGAAAUUAAAAGCCAAUGUAUCUCUGAAACAUAAAGACUUUAAAAAGCAUAAUCACCAUGCUAUUACCACACCUAACAAAAUGAAUGAUAAUUUCCUAACAUCUAGUGUCCAAAGCAAACUAAAAUCUCCCCAAUGUCUCAAUAAUGUCUUAAGGGUUUGUUCCAACCAGUGUCUAAGCAAGGCCUACGCACCGCACUGGACGGUGACUUGUCAUUCUCUCUUGGUCUCAACAGUCCUGCCCCUUGCUGCCACUUCCUUGCUGAAGAAGUGGGGGCAUCUAUCCAGUCACUUGGCUGGUUCCAGAGACAGGGGCCUUUCAGUUGGCUGUGGUGCCACCUCAGUCACCCUGUUUAGACCUACGUCCUGCUGCCUCAAAGGGCACCACCAGGCAAGUCCAUAGAAACCCAGUGCCACUUCCCCAAGGCACUGUAUUGCCAUCUCCCCCAAAUAACUGGUACCACAAAUAGGAGAAUGAAAAGUUGACACUGAGACUGAUGCUGACUCCCUGGGGCGGUGCAGCAUCUACACUGUAGGACUGCAGGGUGUCGCCUAGACUUAGAACUCUGAGUCAGGGACCUUCCUGACAGUGAGGGCUUUAAACAGGAUGGAGGAGAGGAGUACCAGUUCAGGACUAUCGCUGACUUUGCACAUGCCGAGCCUCUCAGACUUUCAUCCUCCCAGUGUAGCCCCAAGUGGGGAGGGGUAAGAAACCAAUCAACUUGAAAGUUUUUGGCAAAGAAAUAACUGAAAAAAUUUUAAAUUUAAAUGUGGAAAUCAUUUUUAUUUAUCCUUUUCAUGUUAUAAAACAGCAGUAUCUUUUUCACAAAUACAGCAGUGUUCAUAAUGUGUCUAGAUUGCCAUGUCUAAGGAAAUCCACCCAUUCAGUGACUGUUCUAGAUUCUCCUGAUCAGCCUGCAGUGGGACAGUGACAGGCCUGUGGGAUCGGGGCUGUAUACAGUUGAAUCAUGUGUGAAAAUUAAAAAUUAUGUACCAUCAGUGAGCACAUCGGAAGGUCUGUGAUUCUGACAAAGUGCUAGUGAGGCUUAGUAAUAUUUUAGGAUUAAUGUAACUGAAUUUAAAUGAAUUGUGACUGAGUCUAAUUUGGAGCAAUUCAGCAAAUAUUUGAGUUCCUGCUAUGUGCCAUACUAGGUAUAAAUGUUUUUUAGGAAUUAAAAAUGAUCCUAUGGAAAGAAAAAUAUCUUCAAUAUGUAGAGUAAUAUUAAGAAUUAAUAGAAGGUACACUAGAGGAAGGUGUUUUCUAAGCUAUCAAUUCAGUAUUCACAGAAACUUGGUCAUGGUGUCUUUUGGUAAAUUUUAUACAACACUUGAAAUAUGGCAGUUACUUCUUGAUUUAUAUCCACUCCUGCAUCUCUACCAUCUAGGUAGAACAGUGCAUCUAGACUCUGGUGUGGGUAUAUUAUUUUGAAAAUAAUUUACCAGAUCAUAAUCUACUGAGGUUUUGAUCUGGAGAAAGAGAAAACCCAACUCCUGCCAACACCCCCCUCCCCUGUAAGCUAUCUGUACCACCUAAGGUUGGGGAAACAAAAAAUCAGGAACUGGAUACCAGGUACCAGGAGAAGAACCUGCUCCACACCAGUCUUUAGUACCACAGGUGAACACUAGGUGAAGUUACCACAAUUUAUAGUGCCCAAGUAGAAACUGACAAACCCCUUCAAACAGGUUACAUGUACCACCCCAAGGAGGAUGCAUACCUAUCAGAGGUUUGAGAGGUUUCCAGACUCUUUAGCAGGGCUGACUGGAGAAAGUCCUCCUUAUAUGAAACUAGGUCACAAAGUCUGGGUGAGAUGGCUGAUUCUUCAAAUGACCAAAUCCCAAUGAUGAAAAAACAAGACUCACAAAGAAACAGCCAUGAUACAUUAAAGGAACAAAAAUGUGCAGAAACCGAUCCUAAUGAAACAGAGACAUAUGACUUUCCAGAUCCAAAAUUACUGUUGUAAGGACACACAGUGAAUUAAAAGAACACAAAAAACUAAAAUUAGAAAAGGAUGCAUUAACAAAAAGGAAGAUCAACAAGACAAAGAACAGAGGAGAGGUAAGAGGAUAUGAGGGAUUUAUGGGACACCAUCAAACAGAAAAGCAUAUCAAUUGGAACACACAGAAGGAUAAAAAGUAAAGUAGGGUGCAGAGAACCUAUUUGAAUAAAUAAUAACUGAAAAUUCCCACACUGAAGGAGAGAUAUGGACAUCCAAAUGCAAUACUCACAGAGAGCUCCAAAACAGGGGGAAAAAAAAUCUAGAGAUCUAUGGCAAGACACAUCAUAAUUAACUGUUUAAAAAAUGACAGAGAAUCUUGAAAGCAGCAAAAAGCAACAGCACAUUCCUAACAGCUCCUAUGAGAAUUAUCAGAUGACUUUAUCAGCAGAAACCUUUUAGGCUAGAAGAGAACAGGAAGAUAUAUUCAAAAUAACAAUGGGGUGGGGACCCCAAGCAACCAAGAAUACUAUACCUGGCAAAACUGUCCUUCAAAAAUAAGAAGAAAUUAAGACUUUCACAGAUAAGCAAAAGCUGAGGGAGUUUAUCAGUACCAGACCUACCCUAUAAGAAAUACUGAAAAAAUAUUCCAAGUUGAAUUGGAAGGAUGAUACAUAGGAACAAAAAAACCACAAGAAAAUAUAAAGAUCCUUGGUAAAGAUAAAACAUACAAUCAAUUCUGUAACAUCAUAAUGUAGGUGAGUAAAACACUUAUAAAUCUGGUAUAAAAAUACUUAAAAGCAUAAAAAUAAUUGUGAAUCUAUUUUAAUGAAUACAAAAUAAAAACAAUUUGUGUCAUCAAUAACAAAAUAGAAGGCAAACAGUGAUAUGAUUUAUCAGUUUAACACAGAUCAAUAGAACUUUAAGAUAUUCUAUGUAAUUUAUAAAGAUAACCACAAAGAAAUUCUGUAUAAAAUAUACAUGAAAGGAAAUGAGAGGGAACCAAAAACAUGUCACUACAAAAAAAUAAAAUCAUGAACAACAAAAAGAAAUAUAUCAGGAGAAGAAAAGUGAGAGAAAAAUGCUUUUAGACAGGAAAAUAAUUAACAGAAUAAUAAGCCUAUAUCAGAAAUUACUUUAAAUAUAAUUGUAGUAGAUUGAAGGGAUUAAAGUACAAGACUUGCUAUGUAUUAAAACUAUGUCUAAGCAUAUGCAUAAGUUAAAACCAACAAGAGUGGAAAGAGAUAUUCCAUGCAAAUGGCACUAAAGAUACCACGAGUUCUUAUAUCAGACAAAAGAGAUUUUAAGGCAAAAACUGUAAAAAUGGACAAAGAACACUAUGUAAUUAUAAAAUGAUCAAUUCACUAGUAAGAUAUAACAAUGAUAAAUUCAUACACACCUAACAUGAGACACCCAAAAACAUGAAGCAGAUGCUGAAAGAACUGAAGGGGGAAAUGGGCAAUGACACAACAGUGGGAAGCUACAGCACCUCACUUUCAGUAAGAACAGAACAAGCAAAACAUGGUGGAAACAGUGGAUCUGAACACUAGAGACCAACUGAAAGUAACAAACAUACAGAGCAUUCCACCCAAUAGCAAAAAAAAAAAAAAAAAAAAAAAACACACAGAGUUUUCUAGUGCAUAUGGAAUAUUCUCCAAGAUAAGAACACAAGUUAGUCCACAAAAUAAUCUUAACAAAUUUAAGAAGAUUGAAUUCAUACAAGUAUAUUCUCCGACAACCAAGGAGACACAUUAAAAAAGAAUUAACGCCAAUCCUUCCCAAACUCUUUGAAAGACUAAAAAGAGGAGAUUAUAAGUCAGUAUUACCCUGACACAACAAUACAAGAGAACUGCAGCCAGUAUUCCUUAUAAAUAUUGAUGUAAAAAUUCUCAACAAGAUACUAGAAAAUUGAAUUCAACAGUACAUCAAAAGGAUUAUACACCAUGACCAAGUGGCACUUAUUCCUGGAAUUCAGAAUGGUUCAACAUACAAAAAUCAAUCUAUGUAAUACACCAUGGUAAGAAGAUGAAGGGCAAAACCCACAUAAUCACCUCACUUGAUGCAAAUAAAAUUCAACUCUAUUUCAUAAUAUAGACUCCAUAAUCCAGGAAGAGAAGGAAACUACCUCAAUAUAAUAAAAGCCCCAGAUAAAAAGACCAUAGUUAGGGCUGGGGCUGUGGCUCAGUUGUAGAGCACUUGCCUAGCAUGUCUGAGGCACUGGGUUUGAUUCUUAGCACCACAUAUAAAUAAAUGAAUAAAAUUAAGGUCCAUCAACAACUAAAAAAUCUAUAAAUAAAAAAAAGACUACAGUUAACAUCAUACUUAACAAAGACUGAACUCUAUUCCUGUAAGAUCAUGAACAGGGGAAGAAUGUCCUUGUCACCAUUGCUCAACACAGCAUUGGAAGGUCUAGCUAGAGCAAUCAGACAAGAAAAAUUAGAAGGACUCCAGAUAGGAAAAGAAGUAAUUCAACACAAUCUCUAUCAAAAUUCCAAGAGGCUUUUUGUUUGUUUGUUUUCUGAAAUAGAAAGGUCCAUUCUGAAAUUAUUGUGAAGCUGAAAGGGAUCCUAAAUAGCUAAAAGAAUAAUGAAAGAGGAUCACAAAUUUAUAGGAUUCACAAUUCUCAAUUUCAAAUAUUAUUACAAAGCUGGAGUGAUUAAAAUGGAGUGACACUGACAAAAGGAUAAUCAGAUAGACCACAGGCAUAAAGCUGACAGUCCAGAAAUGGCCCAUUCAUCUAAGGCCAAUUUGUUUUUGACAAGGUUGCUAAGCAUGGUGGUGCACACCUGUGAUACCAGCUCCUUGGGAGGCUGAGGCAGGAGGAUUUCCAGUCAACACAGGAAAAGAUGUUCAGCAUUAAUCACAAGGGAAUUGCAAAGAGAGUCAUAAGAUACCUCUUCACAUCCACUAUUAGCUGUGAUGAAAACAAAAGCAACACUAAAGGUGUGGAGAGAUCUGAGCCCUCGUGCACUGCUGCUAGGAAUGUAACACAGUACAGUGACCGCAGAGACACCACGGCAGUUCCCCACAAAGUUCGACCACCACUCCUUGCCCUAUACCCCAAAGGAUGGAAACCAGGAUAUAAACUGUUCACUGUACCAUUAUUAAAAAUAGUCAAAAGGUAGAAACAGCCCAAGUGUCCACUAACAGAUGGGUAUAGAAAUGAAAUGUGGCAAAAACAAACAAUGGAAUAUUACUCAGCAGAAAAGGAAAGAAAUUCUGAUAGGUGACACAACAUGCAUGAUCCCUGAGAACAUAAAGCUAAGUGAAGUAAGUCAGAAAAAAAUGGCAAACCAUUGUGGCUGGACUUAUGUGAGUAAGUUCACAGCAGAAUGGGGGCUGCCACGGCUGGAGGAAACGGAGAGCUGCUGUUCAGUGGGUGUGGUGUUUCAACUUGGGAAGAUAAAAAAUUCUGGAGACAAAUAUGGUGAUGGCUUCAUAACAAUGAGAAUGUGUUUGCUAAUACAACUAUAAACUUUAAAUGGUUAAAAUUACAAAUUUUAUGUUAUAUGUAUUUUACUACAUUUAAAAAUGAAUACAAUAGCCAUGCACAAUAUUGUAUACCUUUAAUCCCAGCAGCUCAGGAGGCUGAGGCAGGAGGAUCUCGAGUUCAAAGCCAGCCUCAGCAAAAGUGAGGUGCUAAGCAACCAGUGAGACCCUGUCUCUAAAUAAAAUACAAAAUAGGGCUGAGGAUGUGGCUCAGUGGUCGAGUACCCCUGGGUUCAAUUCCUGGUACCCCCCCCCCAAAAAAAUGAAUACAAUAGCUUAUAUAGAUGUUUGGAAGUAGGGUAGUUUUAACCUUACAUGGAAAUGCAGUGUCAAACAUAGCUAAAAACUACUGUAGAGGUACAAGAUGGGACCAGCUUUGUCAGAAUUAACUAUACCUGCUGGAGUCGAGACAAUGUGAUACUGAUGUCUGGAUAAACAGUAAGACCAAGGGAAGUCCAGAAACAAAAAACAGUGUAUUUUAAACAAUUAGUUCUGGGACAAUUAGAUCUCUUUAAGUGAAAAUAAAAAAUUGGAGGGGAAAAAAUGUAAAUUGAAAUCCAAUUUUAUACAAUCAAUUCCAGUGGAUUAAAGACCCAACCAUGAAAGGUAAAAGUACAAAGCUUUGGGCUGGGAUCGUAGCACAGUGGAACAGUGCUUGCCUAGAGGGGCACUGGGUUCAACCCUCAGCACCACAUAAAAUAAAUAAAAUAAAGGUCCAUCAGCAACUUAAAAAAAAAAGGACGAAGCUUUCAGGAGAUAGUACAAAAUAAUAUGUAAAUAAUCUUGGGGUGGGAGAAGAGUGCUUUUAAAAAGUACAAUGACACUACCAAAAAAGUCAAGAACUUGAAGCCUUGGAAAGCUGCAAGUCAGAAAAAGAUAGUUAAAACACACAGGACAGUGGAAGGCUGAUUCACCACGCAUGCAACUCCAGAGUGGGUGCGAGCACACAUAGAACUCGCCCAGGUACACGGGGACAGGGCAGGGCGG